AUGGAAACUGAAUGUUCAACAGAAUUUAUUAAAGAAGGUUUAGCUAAAAUAUACACAGAUUCAGAAGCUUUAUCAUUUUAUAAUCCAAUACAAGAAUUUAAUAGAGAUUUAACUGUUCUUUUAUUAAAAACUUUUACAAAAAUAAGAGAAGAACAAAAACAACAACAAAUGGAAAUCGACAAUCCAACAAACAAAAUUAAAUUAAAAAUUAAACAAAAUUGUGAAGGAAUUAAAAUUUUGGAUGCUUUGUCUGCUUCUGGAUUGAGGGCUAUACGUUUUGCUUUGGAAAUUGAAAAUAUUGAAUUAAUUGUGGCUAAUGAUUUUUCUGAACAGGCUGUGAAAACGAUUAAAAGAAAUUUGGAAUUAAAUGGAUUUUUAGAUGAAAAUAAAAUUAAAAUUAAUUUUUCUGAUGCAAUGCAAGUGAAAUUUUUGAGAAUUUUUUUAAAAAUAUUUCUUCAAUUUUGGGGGGGGGAAGUAAUGAUUAAUUCUCUUUUAUGUAAGUAA